UGUGCUGUGUCCUUCGGACACAGAGGAUCACCGAUUAACGGAAAGAGCCGAAGAUGUCGGCUCAGUCAUGUGAUCAGCUGUGUCCAAUCACAGCUGAUCGCAUGGGACAGUGUGCCCUGAUGAUCAGUGUAGCCCCAGCAAUGCCACCUGUCAGUGCCCAUCAAUGCCAGCUGUCAGUGCUCAUCAAUGCCACCUGCCAGUGCCCAUUAGUGCCUUAUCAAUGCCACAUAUCAUUGCCUACCAGUGCACAUCAAUGCCACCUAUCAGUGUCCAUCUGAGCUGCUUUUCAGUGUCACCUAUCAAUGCCAGUCAGUGCCACUUAUCAGUGCUGCAAAUCAGUGCCACCUAUCAGUGCCAGUUAGUGCCGCCUAUCAGUGCACAUCAGUG